AGGGAGGUCCGGCGGCAGGCGCAGCCCGGCUGGGGCGUCCUGCCUGCCUUUUUGUGCCCGGCCAGGAGGUGCCGCGCGCAUUGGCGCUGCCGCAGCCGAAGGGGGGCAGUCGGCGCGCUCGCCGCUCCAGCGGAGGAAGGGGUCUCGCGUCCGGCUCUCAGCGCGGGAUCGGGCCCGGCCUCGCCAUGGGGUGCUCGAGCAGCGCUCAGACCCAGGUCAAGGACGGCAGCCGGCCCAAGUCCCCCGGCGCCAACGGGCUGCGGAAAUGCGAUGACAAUUUACCCAUCACAGAUGGAAAUGAAACUUUACCUGACCAGACCACACUUGGAGGAAUGGAUGAAGUGGAUCUUGUAUCUGAUGGAACAAAAUUAAGUGAGAGUCUUACCCAAGAGAAGGCAGACGUUUUGCUUCCAGAAAUAACAAAAUGUGCUCUUUCUACCUGUCAAAGAGUAGACCCAGAAGGUACAGAGCCUCAGCCAGCGGCACCAGAAGAUAAGUUCAGCAUGGGUGAGCCGUUGCCUAUGGGCCUUGUAGAAGCCAGUGAGCCUCAGCCUGUGGAACUAACAGAGAGUGGUGAUUCUCAUCCUACCACUGAAGCUGCCAAUACUCAGCCUCUAGAAAUUGCAGAGGACGCUAAACCUGAACUUGUCAAACCAACUGAGGGAAGCACGCCUGAGCCUUCAGUGACGGCAGACGAAAACUUUGAUUUUGUAACAGAAAUGGUGAAGGAAUUACAGUUAGAUGAAGAGGAACAGCUAAUUGAGGGUGAGAUGGGAGAAAAGGUGGAAACUGAGAUGCACUCUGAGAUAGUAAGUGAGGGCUCUGAAACAAAAGAAGAAGAAACAGGAGAAGCUACAGCAGCAACAGAGAUAGAAACUACUAAUAAUGAAGAGUGAAUCAUGGUUUCUGCAUGGACUUCAUCUUUGUUUAGGUCCUCCAAUUUGAGAAAAAUUUGGAUUUUAUAAAAGCUUGCACGAACUUGCCAUGACAACUCGAGCACUAAGGGAGAGAGGAUUUUAUUUUGGGAAGUCAAGUUGCCAAGACAUCACUGAGGCAUUGCAAUGUUAAACCUUCAUAGGUCUGCCAUGUAGUGCCUUCUGUAAACUUCAUUUGAGUAGAACUGUAUGUUGCAAUGCAAUAGUUUAAUUAAAAUAGAUGAAUAAUACGGAAGAUGGAUAAAUAAUAGAAGAGGGCCAUGUAGUUUAAUUCCCCUAGCCCCCCCCCCAGUGUUCUAGACUGGGAUAAAAUCACUUAGAUUCUGAUGAGAUCUCAGUCACCAGAUGUUUACUGUACUAGAAUGAUUCCUGUGUAAAGCUUCACUUAUUCAUACAUGUUUACAAUGCCAUGGCUUAAUAUUGCUUCUCUAGUGUAAUUUGGGCAGAUGCGUCAAUUCUGAAACUGGGAAGAAAUAGCCAUCCUCAACAGUUGCUACAAUCUUCAACAUUUCUGCAUGAAAUGAUUGCACUCAAAUCAGAAUAUGCUAGUGGAAAAAACUGUACUUUUUUAAAAUGAGAAAUAAUUGAUUUAGCACUGCAAUUAAACAUGCUUGGUCACUAUUAAAGUAUGGUGACAUCACUGUUUAAAAAGUAAUAUAUUUUAAUAAAAUUGUAUAAACCUGUAAUUUAAGAUUCUGAUUGCAUUAAGGCUGAAUACUGUACUACAGAAGUAAAAAUUACAACCAAAUAACUUAAACUGCUCUUUGUGUGCAAUAAGUAUGCCUUCCAGGGACACUUUCUGGACCAGAUGUUCCCUUCUGUGAAUUAUAUUUGCUCAGCUAUUAGAAAGCUAUGUGACAGUAUGAACAGUAGAUCUUCCAAUCAGUUUCCUUAUGUUUAAGUCUUGAAGUGCGCACUGUAUAUGAUAGGGGUAAGUUUCACAUUUUUUAAAAAAAAGGGCUGUUCACUAUGUGACUUGAUUGGUUGCAUGGCUUGGAGGAGAAGCCUGUAAACUUGAGUAGAGUUGAUCAUCUUCCAUAUUGGGUCAGGAGGAGGAAACUUUUAAUCCUUUUAUGCCAGGACAGUGGGGCAGUGAUGUACUAUAUAGAACAAGUGUUAGACAUGCAUUGAUCAACAAUCAUAUGUUUAAUAUGCUUUGUUUUUGUGCCUUUUGAAGUAGUCUACAUAAGUCUUUAUUUUACAAAUUGACACCCCGAUUUUAAACACAGCAAUAAAGUAAGUGCUGCAAUGGA